AUGCGACGAAAUCCGACGAAAUUAAUUAUCUUCGUUCUCGGGAUAGUGGGACUAGCGGCGGCCAACGAGCUGCACGCGCGUCGCAAGCGCUACAUCGUCUUUCCCGAGGGUUCGAGUUUUUCCAUAGCCCUGUGUCUGACCAUCCACACGCUCACGUCGGACAAUAUCUUCACCGAGGGCGUCAACUGGGGCAUAUCCUACGAUCUGCCGAACGAGACCAAGCCCGAGCUCGAGCCCUACCUGUCGCUGCGCCGACGCAAGGACGAGGAGCAUGAAAAGGAGGGAAAAACGAGACGUAAAAAUACGCUACGGGCCGGGCAGACUUAUCACCACGACGAGCUCGAGUACGACCGACGGGCCCACGCGAGGUAUCGCCGCGAGGGCGACCACUACUAUCUGCAGCGCCGACAUCGUCGCGAUCUCUACAGCAAGGUCGAAGUCGUCAUCAACGCGAUGGGCUUGGACGGUCGCGCCUGCGUGCUGCGCGCCCUGUGCGAGGCCUCGCGUAGGCUCCGGCCGCGGGGCGCCAGCCUCGUCGAGGAGAUGCUGAGGAUCGUGUUCGACCUGCCGCUGGAGCGUCUGCGGCCGCACGAGCCCGAGGAGCAUCACGCCUACGCCGAGGCGACGGCCCACGGCAGAAGACGCGGCGACCGCGACGGCGACGGCGAACAAGGACAAAUCGAGGAUUGCGCCGCCCUAUACCCAAAGUGCAGCUUCUCGCUGCUCGACAUGGCGCUGGGACGCUACAACGCUGCGGACGAUAAUCAUCCAUACGGCGGUGGAAUGUCACCCGAGACUGCGGCACUGAUACGCAUGGCUAUGAAGUGA